UCGCAUCUCAAAAUGCCUGAGGAAAAGCCCCAUCCGGCGCCCGAGUGGCUGACCAAAGACUACGUCGAGGACAAGCUGAAAGUGUACUUUAAAAAUAAUAGCUUGAAACUCGAGAAACUGGAGGUAAAGCCGGCAAUACCUAAUGGAGAGAACUACGCCAGUAUAAUGACCCGCAUCAACGUGGAGUAUACCACCAAAGAGUCCGGGGAGAAGCAGGCCACCAAUUUCCUGGUGAAGACCACUGUUGCCAGUAAGGAUCCGGCUGCCCACGUGCUCAAGCACUAUGGAAUAUACACCCGGGAGAUGGAUAUGUAUGAAAAGAUCCUGCCUCAGCUAGCUGUUAUUGUCAAAGGGGAGCUGGAGGAUUCAAUGAGGUUAUUCGCAGGCACUGUUAAUGUGGAUCGCGAACGGGACUCGAUUAUCUUUGAGGAUCUGUCGCUGGAGAAAUACAAGGUGGCCUGCAGGUUGAAGAAGUUGGACCUGGAGCACACUCGCCUUGUUCUUGAGAAGCUGGCCGAUUUCCAUGCUGCUGGAGCAGUUCUCGCAGAGCGGCAGCCGGGUAUUUUUGAGGAGAACUUUGAUAGAGGAUUUUUCAAUAAACACACUCGUGGGUACGAGCCCAUAAUGAGGAACCUCCUGGAGGCCCUGUCCCGUUCCUUAGAGUUGCAACCAGAUCUUAAGCAGCGUUACCAAGCCAAGAUCGACCGUUUGAUCGAUCGUGUAAUGGACUAUGGCGAGCAAUCGACAUCUAUUAAUCCCGGAGACUUUGUGACAUUGACUCACGGAGAUAUCUGGACGACCAAUGUGAUGUUCCAGUACGAUGCAGAAGGUCAUCCCUUCAACGCCAUCUUCAUUGACUUCCAGUUCACCGUGUGGAACUCUCCGGCCCUCGAUCUUCACUACUUCUUCUCGACCUCGAUACACGAGAAUCUCUGGCGGGAAAAGCAAUCGGAGUUGGUUCAGUUCUACUUCUACAAAUUGGUGGCUGCCCUCAAGAAGGUCAAGUACUCUGGCCGGAUUCCCAGCUUAUUCGAGUUCCAGCAGCAGUUCCGUACUAAGGCUUUUUAUGCUGUCUUUGCUUCGCUUAUUUUCGAGCCAACGAUGGUGUACAACGGCAAUGAGGAGGCGUCCAUGGAGCAGAUCCUGUCGUCUUCCGAGAAGGGAAUGCGAUUCAAGAACGAUGUUUAUCAAUUGGCGGAAAUAAAAAGGAAGUUGCAAGACACACUGCCAUAUCUUGAUCAUUUGGGAUUGCUAGAUGAAAUGUUAAGUGCAAAAUAAUUGGUAAAUGAAAAUAUUUUGCUAAUAAAA